UUCUUCGACGCGUGCUGAAGACUUCGUCAUCCUGACCGUCUAUCAGACCGUACCGCGCCGCACUACCCGUGCAAUGCUUCCGUUACACGAUAUCCGACGCUCGUAUGAGCAUCCCAUACAAUGCUCCCUGCGAGCACUCCCUACACACGACAUCGCCGUGCGCUUAUCACCACUGUUCUCAUAACGCGGCUACCUAUGUCAUCUCUCGUUGUCCUUUUCUUCCACCAACACCUCGCGCUACCUAUGUACCUCCCCCACUUGCAGUCCCUUUUUCUGAUCCUCAAGUGUAGCCAUACGCACUUCGCCAUGUACUUGCUACUCAUCACCGUCCGCCUCGUCUUAUCCUUACGCCUUAUUUACUUCGUUCGACUAUCUCUCUCAUGUAUCAUCAAACGCGCCGCGCAUGCCGGUCAGACACGGCGCGCUUGAGGAAUAUACGCGAUUCGCUCGCCUGUCUGACUCGCCCGCUGUGCCCCUUUGAAUGUCGACCGCCUCCUCGCACCCUCCCCAAGUCAUCCACCCUCAGCACCGCCACUUCAUCUCCCACUUUGUGAUGGCGAUGACUGGGACCAAAACUCAAU